AUGAUGAUGAUGAUGAUACUGAUGGAGGAGGAGGAAUCUUCCAACGGCGGCACUUUUUUCAGCCUGCUGCAGCACGUGAUUAUCUGGCUUCUCGACAAAAUGUUACACCCCCCGUUCGAUUUCAAAACAAAAUCAUUCCAAGAGGCUCCGUGCAAAACGCCGAGGAAGUCACUGCAAACAAGAAGAAAAGUGACUCGGAUCAUUAGUACCCUUCCACCACCACCGCCACCACCAUCUCUGCCUCUUCGCUUUUCUACCAACAUGAGCCAAUCUGCAGCACAGACGGCUCCAGCGAGCGCCGAGGACGUCGCUCGUCGAGCACGCGCCGCCUUCGACUCCUCCUCUCAACUGCUCUCCACCUCCUCCUCCGCCGACUCCACCCGCUCCUCGGCGCUCCUCUCCAUCCGUCGCGCUCUCGAAUCCUCCAAAUCCGCCAUCCAGUCCGCCAACGCCCUCGACAUGGAAGCCGCUUCCACGCUAGUCGCACAAGGCAAACUCUCCGCAUCGCUCGCUGCUCGUCUCGACCUCUUCAGCAAACCUGGCAAGUGGCAGUCUCUGCUGGAUGGUGUUUCGGACGUCGCGGCACUCGCCUCCCCACUCGAUCACGUUCAGUGGGCCAAACGUCUCGCCGAGGAAACCGAGACCCAAGGGGCGAUCGAUCUGUACCGCAUCACCUGCCCGAUCGGUGUGCUGCUGUGCAUCUUCGAGGCUAGACCGGAGGUGGUGGUCAACAUCGCCUCGCUCGCAAUCAAAUCCGGCAACGCUGCCAUCCUCAAAGGCGGCAAAGAAUCCAAACACACCGCCUCCGUUCUCUCCUCCAUCAUCUCCGCCGCUCUGGCAGAAGCGGGGUUGCCAGCAGAUCUGAUCCAAACGGUCGAGACGAGGAGCGAUAUCCAGUCGUUGUUGCAUCUGGAGGACUACAUCGAUCUGGUGAUUCCGAGAGGGAGCAACGAACUGGUGAAAGCGAUUCAGAGGGACGCGAGGAUGCCGGUGAUGGGGCACGCGGAUGGAUUGUGCAUUGGAUAUGUGCAUGAGGAUGCCGAGUUGGAUAUGGUGGUGGGUACGGUGGUGGAUGGUAAGACGGAUUACGCGGCGGCGUGUAAUGCGUUGGAGACGUUGUUGGUGAACGAAAAGUUGCUUACGAAGGAGUUCUUGGUUCCGCUGGUGAAAGCGUUGGUUGAGGCGGGGGUCGAGUUGAGGAUGGACGAAGCUUCUCUUUCCAAGUUGAACGAACUCGAACCGUCGCUAGUCCACGAUUCUCGGGCGAGGAUCGUAGCGGCACAACCGUCCGACUUCCACACGGAGUUUCUCGACCUCACCCUGGCCAUCGCCACCGUCCCCUCUCUCGACCACGCCAUCCACCACAUCACAACCCACUCCUCCGGUCACACCGAUCUCAUCCUCACCUCCCCCACCACCCCCAACCCAGCAGCAGAAAAGUUUGUCAAAUCCAUCAACUCAGCCAACGUAUUCGUCAACGUCUCUACCCGUUUCGCCGAUGGGUUUAGAUUCGGUCUCGGUACCGAGGUCGGUAUCAGCACCGGCAAAACCCACGCUAGAGGUCCUGUAGGGUUGGACGGACUGGUCAUCUACAAGUACGUCGCCAAAAGUGGCGGGAAGAAAGGCGGUGCUCAGAGAGCGGGCGAGUUUAACGAGGGCAGAAAGUGGAGUCAUACGGACAUCGAGCCUACCUACCCAACGUUGUAA